UUAAGGGGAAGCUGUGGUCAAAAGCAUUUUGUCCCGGAACCCCGCAGUCCUCCCCAUAUUCUGGGCGCGGAGCACAGCGAUUGGUCACUCCUAUUUUCGCUGAGCUUCUCCUAUUUCAAUUUUCUUCGAGAUCAAAUCUGCUUUCUAGAUGUGCUUGGAGAGGAUGGGUGCCUCUUCUCCGAGAAGCCCAGAGCCUGUGGAGCCGCCGGCGCCCCGUCUCCCCUUCUGCUGCAGAGGAACCCCGCUGGCGGUUGUGGUGCUGCUCGCGCUGCCGGUGGCCUGGGGUCAAUGCAAUGCCCCUGAAUCGCUUCCAUUUGCCAAGCCUAUCAACCCAACUGAUGAGUCUCAGUUUCCCAUUGGGACAUAUUUAAAGUACAAAUGCCUCCCCGGUUAUUACGGAAGACCGUUUUCUAUCGUCUGCCUAAAAAACUCAGUCUGGACAAGUGCUACAGACAGCUGCAGACGUAGAUCAUGUCGUAAUCCUCCAGAACCUGUGAAUGGCAUGGUGCAUGUGAUCAAAGACAUCAUGUUUGGAUCCCAAAUUAAUUAUUCUUGUAAUAAAGGAUACCGACUCAUUGGUUCCUCGUCUGCCACAUGCAUCAUCUCAGACAAUACUGUCAUUUGGGAUAAUGAAGCACCUAUUUGUGACAGAAUUCCUUGUGGGCCACCCCCCGCCAUCACCAAUGGAUAUUUAAUUAGCACCAGCACAGAGGAUUUUCACUAUGGAUCAGUGGUGACCUACCGCUGCAAACCUGGAAGCAGAGGGAGAAAUGUGUUUGACCUCGUGGGUGAGCCCUCCAUAUACUGCACCAGCAAUGAGGAUCAAGAGGGCGUCUGGAGCGGCCCGGCCCCUCAGUGCAUUAUACCUAACAAAUGCAUGCCUCCAAAUGUUGAAAAUGGAAUAAUGGUAUCUGUCAACAGAAGUUUAUUUUCCUUAAAUGAAUUUGUGGAGUUCAGGUGUCAGCCUGGCUUUGUCAUGAAAGGUUCCCCCCGUGUGCAAUGCCAGCCCCUGAACAAAUGGGAGCCGGAGUUACCAAGCUGCUCCAGGGUAUGUCAGCCACCUCCAGAUAUCCUGCAUGGUGAGCAUACCCAAAGGGACAAGGACAACUUUUGGCCUGGCCAGGAAGUGUUGUACAGCUGUGAGCCCGGCUAUGAUCUCAGAGGGGCUGCUUCUCUGCGCUGCACACCCCAGGGAGACUGGAGCCCUGCAGUCCCCAGAUGUGAAGUGAAAUCCUGCGAUGACUCCCUGGACCAACUUCCUAAUGGCCGUGUUCUGCUUCCACCUAAUCUCCAGCUUGGAGCAAAAGUGGACUUUGUUUGUAAUGAAGGAUUUCAAUUAAAAGGCAGCUCUGCUAGUUAUUGCAUCUUGGCUGGAAUGGAAAGCCUUUGGAAUAGCAGUGCUCCAGUGUGUGAACCCCCUCGCUGUGGAAUUCUGGGUCACUGUAAAGCCCCAGAUCAUUUUCUGUUUGCUAAACUGAAAACCCAAACCGAUGCAUCUGACUUUCCCAUUGGGACAUCUUUAAAGUACGAAUGCCGUCCUGAGUAUUACGGCAUCCCAUUCUCUAUCACAUGUCUAGAUAACCUGGCCUGGUCAAGUCCCAAAAAUGUCUGCAAACGUGAGNNNUGUAAAACUCCUUCAGAUCCAAAGAAUGGCGUGGUGCAUGUGAUCACAAACAUCCAGGUUGGAUCCAGAAUCAACUAUUCUUGUAUUACAGGGUACCGCCUCAUUGGUCAGUCAUCUGCUGAAUGUAUCAUCUCAGGCAAUACUGCCCACUGGAGUGCAAAGCCACCAAUUUGUCAACAAAUUCCUUGUCGGCCGCCCCCCACCAUCGCCAAUGGAUAUUUCACUAGCACCAACAGGGACAUUUUUCACUAUGGAUCAGUGGUGACCUACCACUGCAAUCCUGGAAGCAGAGGGAGAAAUCUGUUUCAGCUCGUGGGUGAGCGCUCCAUACACUGCACCAGCAAUGAGGAUCAAGAGGGCGUCUGGAGCGGCCCGGCCCCUCAGUGCAUUAUACCUAACAAAUGCAUGCCUCCAAAUGUUGAAAAUGGAAUAAUGGUAUCUGACAACAGAAGUUUAUUUUCCUUAAAUGAAUUUGUGGAGUUCAGGUGUCAGCCUGGCUUUGUCAUGAAAGGUUCCCUCCGUGUGCAAUGCCAGCCCCUGAACAAAUGGAAGCCAGAGUUACCAAGCUGCUCCAGGGUGUGUCAGCCACCUCCAGAAAUUCUGCAUGGUGAGCAUACCCAAAGCAAUCAGGUCAACUUUUCACCUGGGCAGGAAGUAUUCUACAGCUGUGAGCCCGGCUAUGACCUCAGAGGGGCUGCUUCUCUGCGCUGCACACCUCAGGGAGAUUGGAGCCCUGAAGCCCCCAGAUGUGCAGUGAAAUCCUGUGAUGACUUCUUGGAUCAACUCCCUCAUGGCCAUGUGCUGCUUCCACUUAAUCUCCAGCUUGGGGCAAAAGUGUCCUUUAUUUGUGUUGAAGGGUUUCGCUUGAAGGGCAGUUCCGUUAGUCAUUGUGUCUUGGUUGGAAUAAGAAGCCUUUGGAGUAACAGUGUUCCUGUGUGUGAACAAAUAUUUUGUCCAAAUCCUCCAGCUAUCCUUAAUGGGAGACACACAGAAACUCCCCUUGGAGAUAUUCCCUAUGGAAAAGAAGUAUCUUACACAUGCGACCCCCACCCAGACAGAGGGAUGACCUUCAACCUCAUUGGGGAGAGCACCAUCCGCUGCACAAGUGACCCUCAAGGGAAUGGGGUUUGGAGCAGCCCCCCUCCUCGCUGUGAACUUUCUGUUCCUACUGGUCACUGUAAAACCCCAGAGCAGUUUCCAUUUGCCAGUCCUACAACCCCAAUUAAUGAGUCUGAGUUUCCAGUUGGGACAUCUUUGAAUUAUGAAUGCCAUCCUGGGUAUUUUGGGAGUAUGUUCUCUAUCUCCUGCUUAGAAAACUUGGUCUGGUCAAGUGCUGAAGACAACUGUAGACGAAAAUCAUGUGGAACUCCUCCAAAACCCUUCAAUGGAAUGGUUCAUGUAAACACAGACACCCAUUUUGGAUCAACAAUUAAUUAUUCUUGUAAUGAAGGGUUUCGACUCAUUGGUUCCCCAUCCACUGUUUGUCUCGUCUCAGGCAAUAAUGUCGCAUGGGAUAAGGAGGCACCUAUAUGUGAGAUUAUAUCUUGUGAGCCACCUCCAACCAUAUCCAACGGAGACUUCUACAGCAACAAUAGAACUUCUUUUCACAAUGGAACAGUGGUAACUUACCAGUGCCACACUGGACCAGAUGGAGAACAGCUGUUUGAGCUCGUGGGAGAACGAUCAAUAUACUGCACCAGCAAAGAUGAUCAAGUUGGUGUUUGGAACAGCCCUCCACCUCAGUGCAUUUCUCUUAAUAAAUGCACAGCUCCAGAAGUUGAAAAUGGAAUUAGAGUGACAGGAAAUCGGAAUUUAUAUUUCCUCAAUGAGAUCGUGAGCUUUAGAUGUCAGCCCGGCUUUGUCAUGGUAGGGUUCCACAUCGUGCAGUGCCAGACCAACAACACAUGGGGACCCAAGCUGCCACACUGCUCCAGGGUGUGUCAGCCACCUCCAAAAAUCCUGCAUGGUGAGCAUACCCCAAGUGAUCAGGACCACUUUUCACCUGGACAGGAAGUGUUCUACAGCUGUGAGCCCGGCUAUGACCUCAGAGGGGCUGCUUCUCUGCACUGCACACCUCAGGGAGACUGGAGCCCUGAAGCCCCCAGAUGUGCAGUGAAAUCCUGUAAUGACUUCCUGGGCCAACUCCCUCAUGGCCGUGUGCUGUUUCCACUUAAUCUCCAGCUUGGAGCAAAGGUUUCCUUUGCUUGUGAUGAAGGGUUCCGAUUAAAAGGCAGGUCUGCUAGUCAUUGUGUUUUGACUGGAAUGAAAGCCCUUUGGAAUAGCAGUGCUCCAGUGUGUGAACAAAUAUUUUGUCCAAAUCCUCCAGCUAUCCUUAAUGGGACACAUACAGGACCUCCCCUUGGAGAUAUUCCCUAUGGAAAAGAAGUAUCUUACACAUGCGACCCCCACCCAGACAGAGGGAUGACCUUCAACCUCAUUGGGGAGAGCACCAUCCGCUGCACAAGUGACCCUCAAGGGAAUGGGGUUUGGAGCAGCCCCGCCCCUCGCUGUGAACUUUCUGCUCCUGCUGCCUGUCCACAUCUACCCAAGAUCCAAAAUGGGCAUUACAUUGGAGGACAUGUACCUCCAUAUCUACCUGGUAUGAUAAUCAACUACAUUUGUGACCCCGGCUACCUGUUAGUGGGAAAGGCCUUCAUUUUCUGUACAGAACAGGGAACCUGGAGCCAAUUGGAUCACUCUUGCAAAGAGGUAAAUUGUAGCUUCCCACAGUUUAUGAAUGGAAUCCCAAAGAAGUUAGAAAUGAGAAAAGUAUAUCACUAUGGAGAUUAUGUAACUCUGGAGUGUGAAGAUGGGUAUACUCUGGAAGGCAGUCCCCGGAGCCAGUGCCAGGCGGAUGACAGAUGGGACCCUCCUCUGGCCAUAUGUACCCCUCGUGCACAUAAUGCUCUCAUAGUUGGCACUUCGUCUGGUAUAAUCUUCCUUAUUUUAUUCACCAUUUUCCUCUCUUGGAUAAUUCUAAAGUGCAGAAAAGGGAAUCAUGCACGUGACAAACCUAAAGAAGUUGCUCUCCAUUUACAUUCUCAAGGAGGCAGUGGAGUUCAUCCCCAAACUCUGCAAACAAAUGAAGAAAAUAGCAGAAUUCAAAAUGUUUUCAACAACUCAAAUAUUAAAAGUGGAAACAGGAUUGGAAUUUGGACCACAGUGUUCCACUGGAACAAAGUGAAUCAUCUGUGUCAAAAUACAGUAGACAAGAUACUCAGAAGGGACUUCCCUGCUCAGCUGGCUCCGGGUUUCUCUGCUCACCUCCGGAUAAACUACGGCGUUUCCCACGCCGCGCAUGGAGCCUCCCGGCCGCCGCGAGCGUCCCUCUCCUUCCCGGCGCUUUCCUGGGUUGCUUCUGGCAGCCCUGGUGUUGGUGCUGUCCUCCUGCUCCGAAGCUCCAACUUUACCACUUGCUGGUGGAGCCCAACCACUGCUGCAGAGUCCUCAUCGCCGACACGUUGGCAGAUCCAAGAGGAGAUGGCCCAGGAUGGGACAUGGCGAACAGCGACGCCCGAGAGUGCCGGGCACGCGCCGCUCCACUGCCUGGUUUCUACAGAGAUCCUGUGCCGGUGGCCUGUGCCCGCCAUGCGGGAGCCAGAGGGGGCGCGCCAUGCCCUCCGCUUUGGAGACUGCUGCACAAAGGGGCCAGAUCAAUGCAAUGCUCCUGAAUCGCCUCCAUUUGCCAGGCCUAUCAACCUAACUGAUAAGUCCGAGUUUCCCGUUGGGACGUAUUUGAGAUAUGAAUGCCGCCCUGGUUAUUACGGAAGACCAUUUUCUAUCGUCUGCCUAAAAAACUCAGUCUGGACAAGUGCUACGGACAGCUGCACACGUAGAUCAUGUCGUAAUCCUUCAGAACCUGUGAAUGGCAUGGUGCAUGUGAUCAAAGACAUUAAAUUUGGAUCCCAAAUUAAUUAUUCUUGUAAUAAAGGAUACCGACUCAUUGGUUCCUCGUCUGCCACAUGCAUCGUCUCAGGCAAUACUGUCAUUUGGGAUAAUAAAACACCUGUUUGUGACAUAAUUCCCUGUGGGCUACCCCCCACCAUCGCCAAUGGAUAUUUCAUUAGCACCAACAGAGAGCGUUUUCACUACGGAUCAGUGGUGACCUACCGCUGCAAUCCUGGGAGCGGAGAGAGAAAUGUGUUUGAGCUCGUGGGUGAGCCCUCCAUAUACUGCACCAGCAAAGAUGAUCAAGUGGGCAUCUGGAGUGGCCCGGCCCCUCAGUGUGUCAUACCUAACAAAUGCAUGCCUCCAAAUGUUGAAAAUGGAGUAAUGGUAUCUGACAACAGAAGCUUAUUUUCCUUAAAUGAAGUUGCGGAGUUCAGGUGUCAGCCUGGCUUUGUCAUGAAAGGAUCCCCCCGUGUGCAAUGCCAGCCCCUGAACAAAUGGGAGCCAGAGUUACCAAGCUGCUCCAGGGUAUGUCAGCCACCUCCAGAUAUCCUGCAUGGUGAGCAUACCCAAAGGGACAAGGACAACUUUUGGCCUGGCCAGGAAGUGUUGUACAGCUGUGAGCCCGGCUAUGAUCUCAGAGGGGCUGCUUCUCUGCGCUGCACACCCCAGGGAGACUGGAGCCCUGCAGUCCCCAGAUGUGAAGUGAAAUCCUGCAAUGACUCCCUGGACCAACUUCCUAAUGGCCGUGUGCUGUUUCCACCUAAUCUCCAGCUUGGAGCAAAAGUGGACUUUGUUUGUGACGAAGGAUUUCAAUUAAAAGGCAGCGCUGCUAGUUAUUGUGUCUUGACUGGAAUGGAAAGCCUUUGGAAUAGCAGUGUUCCAGUGUGUGAACAAAUCUUUUGUCCAAGUCCUCCAGAUAUACCUAAUGGGAGACACACAGGAAAACCUCUGGAAGUCUUUCCCUUUGGAAAAGCAGUAAACUACACAUGCGACCCCCACCCAGACAGCAGGAAGACCUUUGACCUCGUUGGGGAGAGCACCAUCCGAUGCACAAGUGACCCCCAAGGAAAUGGGGUUUGGAGCAGCCCUGCUCCUCACUGUAGAAGUCUGGGUAAAUCAUGUAAAACUCCUUCAGAUCCAAUGAAUGGCGUGGUGCAUGUGAUCACAAACAUCCAGGUUGGAUCCAGAAUCAACUAUUCUUGUAUUACAGGGUACCGCCUCAUUGGUCGGUCAUCUGCUGAAUGUAUCAUCUCAGGCAAUACUGCCCACUGGAGUGCAAAGUCACCAAUUUGUCAACGAAUAUCUUGUGGGCUACCCCCCACCAUUGCCAAUGGAGAUUUCAAUAGCACCAACAGGGAGUAUUUUCACUAUGGAUCAGUGGUGACCUACCACUGUAAUCUUGGAAAUGAAGGAAAAAAGGUGUUUGAGCUCCUGGGUGAGCCCUCCAUAUACUGCACCAGCAAUGAGGAUCAAGAGGGCGUCUGGAGCAGCCCGGCCCCUCAGUGCAUUAUACCUAACAAAUGCACACCUCCAAAUGUUGAAAAUGGAAUAAUGGUAUCUGAAAACAGAAGCUUAUUUUCCUUAAAUGAAGUUGUGGAGUUUAGGUGUCAGCCUGGCUUUGUCAUGAAAGGAUCCCCCCGUGUGCAAUGUCAGGCACUGAACAAAUGGGAGCCAGAGUUACCAAUCUGCUCCAGGGUGUGUCAGCCACCUCCAGAAAUCCUGCAUGGUGAGCAUACCCCAGGUGAUCAGGACCACUUUUCACCUGGACAGGAAGUGUUCUACAGCUGUGAGCCCGGCUAUGACCUCAGAGGGGCUGCUUCCCUGCACUGCACACCUCAGGGAGACUGGAGCCCUGAAGCCCCCAGAUGUGCAGUGAAAUCCUGUGAUGACUUCCUGGGCCAACUCCCUCAUGGCCGUGUGCUGUUUCCACUUGAUCUCCAGCUUGGAGCAAAGGUGUCCUUUGCUUGUGAUGAAGGGUUCCGAUUAAAAGGCAGGUCUGCUAGUCAUUGUGUUUUGGCAGGAAUGAAAGCCCUUUGGAACAGCAGUGCUCCAGUGUGUGAACAAAUAUUUUGUCCAAAUCCUCCAGCUAUCUUUAAUGGGAGUCACACAGAAACUCCCCUUGGAGAUAUUCCCUAUGGAAAAGAAGUAUCUUACACAUGCGACCCCCACCCAGGCAGAGGGAUGACCUUCAACCUCAUUGGGGAGAGCACCAUCCGCUGCACAAGUGACCCUCAAGGGAAUGGGAUUUGGAGCAGCCCCGCCCCUCGCUGUGAACUUUCUGCUCCUGCUGGUGCACAUAAUGCUCUCAUCAUUGGCACUUUAUCUGGUAUAAUCUUCCUUAUUUUAUUCACCAUUUUCCUCUCUUGGAUAAUUCUAAAGUGCAGAAAAGGUGUCCUUCCUUGACAAAGUACCAUAAAGCUGAAGAAUGUAUCAAAUAAAAUGUUGGGUUGGAAAGGAGCCAAUUGAUUUCAACAGAAUAAGAUCUGAGCUUCAUAAAGUCUUUGAAGUGACUUCACAGAGAUGCAGACAUGUGCACUUGAAGAUGCUGCAGCUUCCCCAGGACCUAGCAAAUCUCCUCCCUCUUUGUGUACAUCACUGUGAAAUCCUCACCCUUCUGCCUCUUGCUAAAAGCACACACUAUCUACUCAGGGGAAAAGACUGCAUUUAGGAUAUAGAAAAUAGUUUGGAUUACUUAAAGGAAUAAUAUGUUGCCUGGAAUUUCU